UCAUCAGACGCCGCCUCUUUAGAAGCAGGCUACGUUUUGGCAUUUCUAAAACCAUUACACAGUCCUCAGACUUUUUUUUAUCAAUUACUUUAUAGCACACAAACACGUCCCAAGAAUGGUGAACAUCCAGGGAUGCACCCGGAUGAUGGUGAACCGCUGCAUCGAGCUCCUGCGGGCUCGGAUCGAAUGCGCCUCCACGCGUCACAUCGCCAGGCGCUACCAGCGUCCCAGGGAUGAGGGUAAGGCUCCUAGCCAGUAUCUUCCCGAGGAGCAGGUGGUCAGGGAGCGGGAGAAGGCGGACAUCUACAAGAAGAACAAGCGGCGUUCCAUGUGGGAGCAGGACGAGGGUCACGGAGGUCGAAUCUCCGGAAGGGACGAGCAGGAGCGCUUCGAUGAGGAGCAGUACCGACCGCGGGAGCUGCAGAAGCGCAACUACGACUGCACCUGGGUCAAUUUCCCGGAGAGUGUGGCGGCCAAGCAGAGCCGCAGGCGAAGCUACCUGGAGGUGAUGGAUGAAGAGGAGACACCUCGACGUCGCAGAAAUCAGGAAGACCGACCGAAUACAGCCAAACCCUUUGAUGAGGAGGCCCGUGCCUUCAUCAACCAAUGGGACACCAAUGCGGCCAUGAUCAAUCGCAACCGAUUUGCCCGGACCACCGAUUCUUGUCCGCCACCAACUAUAUCUUCCCGGAUGUCAGAUGCCUAUCGCACCCGGAAACGCCAGUUCUUAUACUAGUACUAUUUGGGGCUUUACUCGACAGUAUCGGCGUAAGAAAUUCUAACGAUUGUACUUCCUAGUAGCCUGAUCAAAUUGUUAGUGCACAAGGCAUCCGAUUUUAAAGUGUCAAAAUCCGAAAACGUAUUACAAUGUUGUGUGUCCAGAUGUGAUUUCAAUAUCCAAAUAAAAUAUCAAAAUUUA